AUGCCUACCAAUACUAGCUCUGCACAAAUAAGAUCCAAGUCGAUAUUCCCUAACAUGCUAAGCCCUGGGCCAGACAAAGCUGACGAGUGUCCUAUAAUACGAGCAUCUAAUGGAUAUCUCAGUACCGCCGAAAAGUCAAAAAUUAACGGAGUAUUGAAUCGUAAAGAACACAGUAGUGAAUAUUUGGCAGAGAAUAUGGAGAGCUGCGAAGUCAGUGAAGAAAUUGAAUUCUAUCACAUCGACUUAAAGGUUAAUAUGUAUCUUAACGGGUCUAACAGUGUAGAUGACCAUUGUUUAGUAGAAGAACGUGAUUUGGAUACGAAGGAUACGAUUAUUAUUAAGUUACUAGUUCUACAUUCGACUUAUCACCAUGCUCGCUUGUUUCCUAUUGGAUCUAAGACUCUUUGUGUGAAGAAUGAUUCACUGUCAUCAGACAGCGGUUGCAAUCAGAAUAGUUCUAAAUAUCCUCACAGCAGCGUGUCAGAUAUUAGUUCCGAUGAUAACAGUUCAUCUGUUGAAAAUAAUAUGGUACAGUCAGAAAUGAUAGGAGUAUUGUAUCGUAAAGAACACAGUGGUGAAUAUUUGGCAGAUCAUAUGGAGGUCAAAGUCUGUGAUGAAAUUGAAUCCCAUCACAUCGACAUAAAGGUUAAUAUGUAUCUAAAUGGAUAUAACAGUGUAGACGACCAUCGUUUAGUAGAAGGACGUGACUUCGAUACGAAUGAUACGAUUAUUAUUAUAGUAAACCCUAAUUCAGCAGUACUCGAUUCAUCUUCAAAAGACGAUGAAGAAGAAUAUGUCACUGAAAAAUAUUCUUUAAUAAAUAAUGAUAGUUGCACGAGUUAUAUAAACCAGGACGGAGAAGACGAAUAUUUGGAGUCCUUCGUGAAUACAAAUGUCGACGAAUACGCCGUUAAAAGCAAAAAUAGCGAGCAACAUAUAAUAAAACACAAAUUUCCCAAAGAAGAUACUACACAGUUUCGGCUACCUUACUCUUCUAAUACAUAUUGUUUCAUUACCUAUGAUGACAAACCUUCACAGGAACAUUUUAUAGUCGGAGCUGAGCCACUGUUACCAGAAUCCGAGAACGAUUUGAUUGCAAAUGAAGAGGUUACGUUGAGAUUGAAACGAGUUCUUGCACACCAAACACAACAACAGCGAGCACGACGCAAUGAACAUCAACAGUUGAGCGUAUUAUGUGCUUCUGGAAUGCUCGUUCCAGGAUGA